ACGCCCGGGAGAGGAAGGAGAAGAAGAGGAUGGAGCGAUGCGCAUAGAUGAAGACCGAUACUCAGUCUAAUAAUUCCCUUUGAUUGUCGAUUAUUAAUCGCCGCGGGAUGAGCGUCCAUUGCCGAGCGGAGGCGGAACAUUAGUGGCCGAGGAAGGAGCGACUUGCUGGGGGAAGGAAGGCUGGGCGCGUUGGAAAGACGUAAAGUCGCGGAUCAUGCUUAUGGGAACUUCCGAUUCCGUCUUCUUCAGAGCGGCUCGGCCCGAUGCUCUAUCAUGACUGAUGGCGAGGGGAGAGCACACUUUCAGUAUGCGGAUCGCCCCGAGGGGCAGGGGCAGGAGCAGGAAGAGGUCCUGGAGGAGGUCAGGCUGGCUAUACCCCAGUCCUACCAGGACGACAUAGACCCAGGAGGAUUCUGCGAUGAGGAGCACUCCAGUAGCCGGUGGAGGAGGAGCAGGAGGAACGGCGGGGGGGAGGACGACGAAGUUCACGAGGAGCAGGAAGUGCAGGAGGCGGAGCCGGAAGCGGAUGUGGGACCGGCGCCGGGAGUUCGCAUUGUGGCUCCGGUACGAGAUCCGGACUGCGUCUCGGAGGAGGAGGAGCUGCAGCCGUACCCGGCCCUGGCCCCCGUGGCCUUCUUCUGCUUGAAGCAAACCACGCGGCCCCGCAACUGGUGCCUUCGCGUGGUCUGUAACCAGUGGUUCGAGCAUGUGUCCAUGCUGGUCAUCCUCCUCAACUGCGUCACCCUGGGGAUGUUCCAGCCCUGCGAAGACGUGGCCUGCCUGUCCGAGUGGUGUCGCAUACUCCAGGUUUUGGAUGACUGCAUAUUUGCCUUCUUUGCGGUGGAAAUGAUCAUCAAGAUGGUGGCCCUGGGGAUUUUUGGCAGCAAUUGUUACCUUGGCGACAAGUGGAACCAGCUGGACUUUGUCAUCGUCAUGGCGGGGGUGUUGGAGUACUCGCUGGAUGGACAGAAUGCCAGCUUCUCAGCCAUCCGCACAGUCCGAGUUCUCCGGCCUCUGCGGGCCAUCAACAGAGUACCAAGUAUGAGAAUCUUGGUGACGCUGCUGUUGGACACGCUUCCAAUGCUGGGAAAUGUCCUCCUCCUCUGCUUCUUUGUCUUUUUCAUCUUCGGGAUUGUUGGAGUGCAGCUGUGGGCGGGGCUACUGAGAAACCGCUGUUUUCUCGGAGAGGACAUCAAGAAAAUAUACAACCUGUCCAUCAGUCCCUACUACAUGUCGGAGGACGGCGAGGACAGCCCCUUCAUCUGCUCGGCAGCUCGCGAGAACGGGAUGCUGCGGUGCCGCGACGUCCCGCCCUCCGCGGAGGCCAAGGUCGAGUGUUCGCUGUCGGCGCCUUGGCAGAGUCCGCCCCCUGCUGUGGGAGGGGCCAGCGUCAACGGGUGUGUUAAUUGGAACCAGUAUUACAACGUGUGUCGCCCGGGGGACUUCAACCCGCACAAAGGAGCCGUCAACUUUGACAACAUCGGAUAUGCUUGGAUCGCUAUUUUCCAGGUCAUCACGCUGGAAGGAUGGGUGGAUAUCAUGUACUAUGUCAUGGAUGCUCAUUCCUUCUACAAUUUUGUAUAUUUUAUACUGCUCAUUAUUGUGGGCUCCUUCUUCAUGAUCAACUUGUGCCUGGUGGUCAUCGCCACCCAGUUCUCCGAGACCAAGCAGCGCGAGAACGCCCUGAUGCGGGAGCAGCGCGCUCGCUACAUGUCCAACGACUCCACGCUGGCCAGCUACAGCGAGCCGGGCUCGUGCUACGAGGAGAUGCUGCGCUACAUCAGUCACCUGUAUCGCAAGCUCACGCGCCGACUGCAGAGGGUGUACUCCGGCUGGCACAGUAAACGUCGUAAAAAGGUGAACCCUAACGGCAGUGGCGGAGGCGGUACCGCUGGAGGUAACGGACACGGCCCCGGCUCCAGCAGAGGCCCAGGUAGCGCUCGGUGGUUGAGACCCAUCCACAACCUGUUGCAACACCAUCAGCACCACCACUGCCGGCUCACCAACGGCGGCCAGCACGCUAUGGGCGCCACUAGCGCCGAACACUCAGACGGAGAAGGAGUCGCCGGAGGAGCGGAGGAGCUGGAGAUGAAGUCGCUCCCUGUCGGUCAAAGGAGUUCUAACGGGAACAGCGGCGGUCAGUCGGUGGUCAGCCAAGGCAUGGGGGCCUUGCUGAGGAGACUGAACGGCGGCAUGAACUACCCCACCAUCCUGCCGUCCUUCGUUUGCAGCUACAGCAGCAAGACGCCGCCGCCUCACUCCCAGCAGGGGGGCCACAGUCCGGAGCCGCAUCCGCCGAACCACCCCGCGUCGGAACACGCUGACAAGCUGACCAAGCUCUACCAGCUCGUAGGACAACACAGUCACCAGAGUGUGCUGUUCCAGCUGGCGGGCGUGGUGCCCAGUCCUCUGCUCCUGGAGCUGCUGGGCUGCCCCCUGUGUGCCCGCAGCUUGGAGACCUUGGAGCUGGAGCUGGGGGACCUGGAGGGCGGCAAGGGAGAGGCUGACGGACUGCAUGACUUCCCCCAGGGGGGAGACCUGAGAUGCGGGCGAGGUCGCGGCAGACGGCGAGCGGCCGGGGAGUACAAGAACGGAAUCCUUCGGGCGUGGAUGAACUUCAGGGAGAGACUGAAGCGGAUCGUGGAGAGCAAAUACUUCAACAGAGGGAUUAUGAUCGCCAUCCUGGUGAACACUCUCAGCAUGGGGAUAGAGUACCAUCAGCAGCCAGAGGAGUUGACGGACGUGCUGGAGAUCAGCAACAUCGUCUUCACCAGUAUGUUCGUCUUGGAGAUGGGCUUCAUGCUGCUGGCGUUCGGCCUGUUUGGAUACAUCAAGAACCCUUACAACAUCUUUGACAGCAUCAUCGUCAUAAUCAGCGUGUGGGAGAUCAUCGGUCACAACGAUGGCGGGCUGUCGGUCCUGCGUACGUUCCGUCUCCUUCGGGUGCUGAAGCUGGUCCGCUUCCUUCCCGCCCUGAGGAGACAACUGGUGGUCCUGAUGAAGACCAUGGACAACGUGGCAACCUUCUGCAUGCUGCUGAUGCUUUUCAUCUUCACCUUCAGCAUACUGGGCAUGCAUCUGUUUGGCUGCAAGUUCAGUAUUGAGACAGAAAACGGAGACACCAUCCCUGACCGCAAGAACUUUGACACUCUUCUAUGGGCCAUCGUCACCGUGUUUCAGAUUCUCACCCAGGAGGACUGGAACGUGGUGUUGUACAACGGCAUGGCUUCCACCUCGCCGUGGGCCGCCCUCUACUUUGUCGCCCUGAUGACGUUCGGAAACUACGUGCUUUUCAACUUGCUGGUGGCCAUCUUGGUCGAAGGCUUUCAGGCUGAGGGUGACGCAAAUCGCUCCGAGUCAGACGAUGAGAAGAAGUCUGACAACUUUGAGGACGACGAGAAGGUGGAGCAGCUCAGAGACAAUGAGUUGAAGAUGUACACCCUGAUGAUGACGGCCAACGGUCACGUCGACCCUCGCGGUUCCAUGGCUCCUCCCAUCAUCAUGCGAACAGCGGCCACACCCAUGCCCACCCCGAAGAGCUCUCUGGGCCCAGAGUCCUACAUGGAGGACGAGGUGAUGGCUCGAGAGGGAGUGCUGCCGUACGGAGAGAUCGGACUUUCCGAAGCAGGGAGCGUCCACGUGGAGUCUCGUCGCGGAAGCGCCGCGUCCGUGGAUGCCUUAGCGUGUGAUCAGCGAUCUCUGAGCCUUUCCAGCCCGGGCCGCCGCUCCCCUCUCCCUCUUCUUGGGUCCAGCUCGUGGGGAAGCCGCCGCUCCAGCUGGAACAGCCUGGGGAGAGCGCCGAGCCUCAAAAGACGAGACACCACGGGGGAAAGGGAGAGCCUCCUGUCUGGAGAGCCGGGAGAGGAGGAAGACGACGUGGACGUCAGGGAGGACAGCGGGGGUUACGACAACAGACUCCGGCCCGGCUCCUUGGAGCAGCUGCAGGCGCCCACUCUCUGCCCGUCCAUCAUGGCCCAAUAUGGCGACUGCAACGGAAGGAGCUUGACCUACGACGCCGGCGCUAACGCCGAAUCGAAGGAGGACUCCUUGCCUGAAGAUGACAUGGAUGAUGAUAGUUCUGUCUUCUACAUAAUCAAGAAGCACCUUCUCAGCAUGAAGCCUCGCUGGUGCAUAGACCAUGAAGACUGGACGUUGUACUUAUUCUCACCGGAGAACUCAUUCCGAGCGUGGUGCCAAAGUGUGAGCUCUCACAAAAUGUUCGACCACGUGGUUUUGGUUUUCAUCUUCCUCAACUGCAUCACGAUCGCUCUGGAAAGACCGAAUAUAAAGGCCGAUAGCACGGAGCGAGUAUUUCUUCGAGUGUCCAACUAUGUUUUCACUGUGAUCUUCCUAGCAGAGAUGGCCAUAAAGGUGGUUGCACUCGGGUUCUGCUUCGGGAAGCAGACCUAUCUCCAGUCCAGCUGGAACAUUCUGGAUGGUGUGUUGGUGUUUGUGUCUAUGGUGGACAUUCUUGUUUCUCUGGCUUAUUCUGGUGGCAACCGGAUCCUGGGCAUCCUCAGGGUCUUAAGACUGCUUCGCACACUACGCCCACUCAGGGUGAUCAGUCGAGCGCCCGGACUGAAAUUAGUUGUGGAGACUCUCAUCACUUCUCUUCGACCCAUCGGCAACAUUGUCCUCAUCUGCUGCGCCUUCUUCAUCGUGUUUGGUAUCUUGGGAGUGCAGCUAUUCAAAGGGAAGUUCUUCCACUGUGAAGGUCUGGAUACCAAAAACAUCACCAACAAGUCGGACUGCCUGCACGCCAACUACAGCUGGAUACGAAGGAAGUACAAUUUUGACAACCUGGUCCAGGCACUGAUGUCUUUGUUUGUGCUGUCCUGCAAGGACGGCUGGGUCAACAUCAUGUACGAUGGCCUGGACGCAGUAGGAGUGGACCAACAGCCCGUGAGGAACCACAACCCUUGGAUGUUGCUCUACUUCAUCUCCUUCCUGCUCAUCGUCAGCUUCUUCGUCCUCAACAUGUUCGUCGGCGUGGUGGUGGAGAAUUUCCACAAGUGCCGCCAGGACCAAGAGGAGGAGGAGGCUCGCCUGCGGGAGGAGAAGAGGCUGAAGAUCAUAGAAAAAAAGCGCAGGAGUAAGGCCAAUGAAGGGACCGAGGCCAAGCAGAGGCCGUACUACGCCGAUUACUGUGCACCGCGUCUGACCAUCCACACGCUGUGCACCAGCCACUACCUGGACCUCUUCAUCACCUUCAUCAUCUGCAUCAACGUGUUCACCAUGAGCAUCGAGCAUUACAAUCAGCCGCAGUAUCUGGAGGAGGUUCUGAAGUACUGUAACUACGUCUUUACCUUCAUCUUCGUCAUCGAGGCCCUGCUUAAGCUCGUGGCUUUUGGGAUUCAGCGGUUCUUCAAAGACAGGUGGAACCAGCUGGACAUCGCCAUCGUGGCCUUGUCCAUCAUGGGCAUCAUUCUGGAGGAGUUGAAGAUGAGUGCAGCUCUUCCCAUAAAUCCCACCAUCAUCCGAAUUAUGAGAGUGCUCAGGAUAGCACGAGUGCUCAAACUCCUGAAGAUGGCCACAGGCAUGAGGUCUCUGCUGGACACUGUCAUGCAAGCGCUGCCACAGGUGGGGAAUCUUGGCCUCCUCUUCAUGCUGCUCUUCUUCAUCUACGCCGCGCUGGGAGUGGAGCUCUUCGGCAGGCUCGAGUGCAAAAACAACCCCUGCGAGGGCCUGAGUCGCCACGCCACCUUUGAAAAUUUCGGGAUGGCCUUCCUCACAUUGUUUCGAGUGUCCACUGGAGACAACUGGAACGGGAUUAUGAAAGACACACUGAGAGACUGUCGUCCAGAGGACGGCCACUGUCUGACCUACCUGCCUCUGGUGUCCCCUAUUUACUUUGUCACCUUUGUGCUCAUGGCCCAGUUUGUGCUGGUUAAUGUGGUGGUGGCUGUGCUGAUGAAGCACCUGGAAGAAAGCAACAAGGAGGCCAAAGAGGACGCGGAGAUGGAUGCAGAAAUUGCCAUGGAAAUGGCGAUGGAGCAGCAGCGCAGGUUAAGCACCGCCUCCAGCAGCAGCUCGGGGGCGGGGACCUUUGUUGGUCCAUGUCCACAAUCACCUGGCCAGGAGGAGGUAGCGGUGCAGUGCAGUGACGAGGACGCCCAGCAGGUCUCAGAGAAGAUGUCCGUGUCCAGGAUGCACUCCCUGCCCAACGACAGCUACAUGUUCCGCCCCGUGCGGCCCGCCAGCGCUCCUUUCCCUCUGCAGGAAGUGGAUGUUGGCGCUCACGACCAGCAUUCAGGCUCGCUGACGUCAGUCCGCUCCCAGCCGUGUGAGAGCCGCACUCUGCUGCAGGUCCCCGACCUUUCCCCCGUCCGGCCCCGCCUCCUUCCCUCCGUCAACCUGCCCCGCCUGGCACCGCCCACGCCUGGCCCAUCCCCUCGGGCAAUGUGCAGACAGGUGGCGGUGAAAGUGGAUUCUGUGGAAGUCCAAAGUUGCGAGCAACACGAGCGGCCCGUCCAUCUCCCGCCGUUGUCGCCUUCACCGCUCCUCCCCCUCAAUCCUUCUCCUCUCCCUCCUUUAAGCCCCUCCCCUGUUCCCUUGCCUCCUCCGCCGCCAUCGCCCUUGCUUCUGCUGCCGCCGCCUCGCUCCCCGCGCCUCCUGCUCCGCACCGGCAGCCUCCACAGGCCGAGGCCGUCCUCCGCCGCCUCCCUCGUCGACCCGGUCGACGAGGAGGUGUGUAACAUCACCAGCUUGGCCCGCCGCUGGCAGUACGGCGACGCCGGCAACAGGGAGGACAUCCGGGGGAAGGCGCUGCGUAGCCACUCCCUUUCUCCUUACACUGACUCCACUUCCUCGCCUGUUGCCUCCACCAGGCUUUUAGAGGCGGACCAGAAGGACCGGGACUUCCGGAAAGGCUUCAGCGUGGACAGCAGGCGCGAGCCCUCACUGUUGUCCGCUGUUUACUCGGACGAGCAUCGGCGCCACUCUAUCGAGGUGUGCCUGCCUCAAGACAAACACCUUAAAGUCGACAAACACCACAAGGAGAAGGGAACGUUCCCUAUGAGGGUGCAGUCGGUUGGAGGCGGACACCGCAAGAAGAAGACGAGUCCUCCUUGCAUUUCCAUUCAUCCUCCUUCCGAGCGGGAGCACCCGCCCUCGCCGCCUAAACUGGCCGACUGCAGCAUGAUGCUGAGACGACGGACGCCAUCUUACGACCUGAGCGCACACACCCAAGAGAGUUCGACGGACCUACAGCCGCCCUCGCCGGUGCACCGAGUGCUCGUACCGCACUCCCUGACGCCCUCUCCGGCGUCCACGCCCACACGCAUGCACACCCCUCCAUACCCGUCCACACCCACGCACCCGCCCAUCCCCAUCAGUCCGAAUAUCUUCAUCCAGCCGCACGCACCUCUCCUCCCGACGCCUUCCUCCCAGACCCGCCACCUCCAACCGGGCGCCAGGCACGCCUCUCUCGCCAGGGAAUGCAUCCCCCUGCCCCAAUUCACCUUCGACCAACCGCAGUCCAGAUACCUGUCGGACAACGACCCCGCCACGUGCGCUUCGCCGUUUGACAGCAGACUGGGAAGCGGCGCCGGAUUCAGCGCCAAGAACCGGCGAACCGCCCAGUGAGCAUCAGGAACAGGAAGGGAAUUCCAAAAUGGAGUCAAAGCCGAACUCUGGGAAGAGUUUCCUGCGAGCAAACUCUUUUGUCUUUCUGGAAGUUUGCGGAUAGAAGACCUCAGACACAACAGACGUCGUCCAAUCCCGCAGUGGAUCCGCCGUCUGGAUCCAGAUCCACGAAGGCGGCGCCCCAACAGUUCCCAACGUACAUGUCAUGUUCGGGACUCUCCAGGACUAAAGCCACCUAACUCUGUAGCCAAAGUUUUUUUGACCCACCCACGCGAGCCAAUCAGGAAGCAGCGUCUGGCUGACAACCUCCAAACCUUUUACAGGAAGCGGUUUGUGAAGCGCGAGUGUGGGGCGGGACUACGGGAUAUGCAACUUCAGGUUUUCUACAGAAGUUCUGCUUACCCUCUCCUCUGCUCCUUGAUCACAUUGAUCCCAGCAGAUUUACGCCUGUUUCUUCCCGUGUGUGCGCGUUUCUACGUUUUCCGACACAAAAAUCUGUAGAAUUUACGGUAAAAAACUGGAGGCACAGUCCGAAGAAUUUUGACAUGCAAGUUUUUUUUACAGUGAGUUACUGUAAAUGGGAAAAACGGUACCAUUAUUUUUCCGGUCAGAAUCUCGUUACUGAGCUGCCAAAAUUUUAGCGUAAUGUCCCCCCGCCCCCAUUUGCAGUAAUGCAAUGUAAAUCAGAUCGUGGAUUUUUCGAUGAAAUACUGGCUGCUCAGUCACAAUUUUACUGUAAAAGUUACACACUAAAAAAUGCUGGGUUAUUUUGCCAACCCGAUUUAUGAGUUGCGAGUGUUGGGUUACAUUUUGAAGUUAUUAUUAUGAAGAGCAAUCCGUUUUUUGGGUUAAAAGGGUAUUAUUUUAACUCAAUUUCUGGGUUGCGCAACCCAAUAGUUGGGUUUGGAAUCAACCAACAUUGAGUUAGCAUAACCCAACUUUUGGGUUAAAUAAUUCAACCCAAUAGUUUGGUUGGGAAUAACCCAACAUUAAGUUGUCAUAACUCAACGUUUUGGUUAAAUAAUUCAACGCAAAAGUUGGGUUGAAAAAAAUAACCCAAAAGGUUGAGUUAGAAUAACUCAAAUAAGAGGUUUGUCCUUUUCUGAACCAUUAUUUUUUAACCCAACAUUUUUUAGUGUGUAGGGUGAUUCCUUUUACAGUAAGUCGGUGUUAAAACCUCUGUAAAAUUGAAGGUAAAAUUCUGGCGACUGAGCUGUAAAAUCUACUGACACUGUAGUAUCUCUUAACAGCGCAUUACUGUAAAUAAAAAAAUAUUUUUACUAUAAAAUUCUGAUGAAAUUCGUGUUACUAUAAAAUCUACAGUACUGUUGUUUUUUUUACAGUGCAUUACUGUAAAUGGAAAACAAUGGAACCAAUUUUUUUUACAGUUAAGUUUGGCAACUAUUUUCUUUUUCUUUUUUCUUUUUUACUGAAAAAUAUACUAUUGUUUUUUUUUUCAACUGUGCAUUACUGUAAAUAAAAUGAGUAAUUUAAAAUCUACAUUACUUUGUCAAUUGAAUUGAAUUUAUUUUUAGGGGUAAAAUUCUGCCAACUGAGCUGCUAGUUUUUGUUUUAAUCAAAACAUGCGUGGCCAUUUUUACUACAGUGCAUUACAGUAAAUCGACCAACGGUACCGCUGUUAUAUUUAUGAUAAAAUUCUGGCAACUGAGCUGCUAGUUUUUUACCAAAAAAUUGUACGAAAAUGUUUCCUACUGUGCAAUAUUAAAAAUCUUAAUACGGUACUGCUGUUAUUUUUAGGGGUAAAAUUCUGCCAACUGAGCUGCUAGUUUAUUUUUUCCCAAAAAAUAUCUAUUUUUAAUACAGUGCAUUACUGUAAAUAACAAAAACAGUACCACUGUUAUUUUUACGAUAAAAUACCAGAGACUAUCGAAAAAUCGACUGCCAUUUUUUACAGUGUAUUACUGUACAUCAAAAAAGGUAGUACUGUUGUUUUUACAAUAAAAUUAUGGUGAAAUUCUCGGUUACUGUAAAAUCUAAGGUACCAUUGUUAUUUUUACGGUAAAAUGUUAACAACUGAAAUGCUAGUUUUUGCGGUAAAAAUCUACGGCAAUUUUUUUACAGUGCAUUAUUGUAAAUCGAAAAACGGCACCAAUGUUGUUUUUACGAUUAAAUUCUGGCAACUGAGCUGCUAGUUUUUAUUGGAAAAAUGUGACUGUUAUUUUUCAGUAAAAUUCUGAUGGAAUUCGAGUUACUUUAAAAUCUACAGUACUGUAAUUUUUCUUACUUACUGUUACUUAAUGUUAUUUUUCAUUACUGUAAAUGGAAAAAUGGUACCAAUGUUAUUUUGACGAUAACAUUUUAGCGACUAUGCUGACAAAUUAUACUGUAAAAUUUACAGCCAUUGUUUUUACAGUGCAUUACUGUAAACAGAAAAACGGUAAUACUAUUAUUUUUACGAUCAAAUUUUAGCAACUAAGCUGCCAAAUUUUACAGUAAAAUUUACGGUCGUUUUGGCAGUGCAUUACUAUAAACGGAAAAAGGGUACCACUGUUAUUUUUACGAUAACAUUUUAGCGACUGAGCUGCCAAAUUUUACCGUAAAAUUUACGUUCAUUGUUUUUACAGUUCAUUACUGUAAAUGGAAAAACGGUACUACUGUUAUUUUUAUGAUAACAUUUUAGCGACUGAGCUGCCCAAUUUUAGUAUGAAAUUUACAGUCGUUUUUACAGUUAAUUUCUGUAAAUGGGAAAACGGUACUGCUGUUAUUUUUAUGAUAACAUUUUAGCUACUGAGCUGCCAAAUUUUACUGUACAAUUUAUAGCCGUUGUUUUGACAAUGCAUUACUGUAAUUGUUAUUUUUACGAUAGGACUUUAGCCACUAAGCUGACAGUUUUUUUACUGGAAAAUCUAUGGUUGUUUUUACAGUGCAUUACUGUAGAAGGAAAAACGGUACAACUGUUAUUUUUAUAUUUUACCAACUGAGCUGCCAAAUUGUCCAGUAAAAUUUAGAGUCAUUGGUUUUACAAUGCAUUACUGUAAAUAGGAAAAAUGGUACUACUGUUAUUUUCAUGAUACAAUUUCAGCGACUGAGCUGCCAAAUUUUACUGUAAAAUGUACGGUCGUUUUUACAGUGCAUUACUGUAAACAGAAAAACGGUACUACUGUUCUUUUUAUGAUAACAUUUUAGCGACUGAGCUGCUAAAUUUUACUGGAAAAUCUACGGUUCUUGUUACAGUGCAUUACUGUAAACGUAAAAACGGUACCAUAGUUAUUUGUACCAUAACAUUUUAGCGACUGAGCUGCCAAGUUUUAUCGUAAAAUUUAUGGUCAUUGUUUUUACACUGCAUUACUGUAAAUGGGGAAAAAACGAUACUACAGUUAUUUUUAUGAUAACAUUUUAGCGACUGAGCUGCCAAAUUUUACUGUAAAAUUUACGCUCGUUGUUUUUACAAUGCAUUACUGUAAAUUGAAAAACGAUAUCACUGUUAUUUUUAUGAUAACAUUUUAGCGAAUGAGCUGCCAAAUUUGAACCGUAAAAUUUACGGUCAUUGUUUUUCAGUGCAUUACUGUAAAUGGGAAAAACGGUACUACUGUUAUUUUUAUGAUACAAUUUUAGCGAUUGAGCUGCCAAAUUUUAUUAUGAAAUUUAGGGUCAUUGCUUUUACAAUGCAUUACUGUAAAUGGGAAAAACGGUACGACUGUUAUUUUUAUGAUUAAAUUUCAGCGACUGAGCUGCCAAAUUUUGCUAUAAAAUGUACGGUCGUUUUUACAGUGCAUUACUGUAAACAGAAAAACGGUACUACUGUUCUUUUUAUAAUAAAAUUUUAGCAACUGAGCUGCUAAAUUUUACUGAAAAAGCUACGGUUGUUGUUACAGUGCAUUACUGUAAACGGAAAAACGGUACCAUAGUUAUUUUUACGAUAACAUUUUAGCAACUAAGCUGCCAAAGUUUACUGAAA